AUGGAGCUGACGCAGUCCGCCAGCGCCGGCGACACCGUGAUUGUCGUCAAUUGCUACGUCGUCGGUCUCCAGGUGGGUAGUAUCAUCACCCUGAAUGAGGCCACCUACGAGGUGGCCGCCCGCGCAAUGCCCUCCGGCAGGCGCCGCCUCGCCGCGAAACUGCCAAUCACGCUGGCUACACCACUGACCGGUGACGCAACUUCUGGCGCUUCGGCCAAGGCCAGUUACCCGUCGUGCUUGCCGCCACCCUCGUGCCGGGCGCCACCCUGGUCGAGGUUCUGCUCGCCGCCACCGUCGUGCUUGUCGGGUUCCUUUUGCCCUGUCGGCAGCGUCUUGCACGAAGACCCCGAGCCCGACCAGAUCGCCGCUUCCCUCGGCUCGAUCUUCUCCGAGGGGGCACUCAUUGUUCUGAUAGCAUCGACGGUCCGUGGCAUCGUGGGAUAA